CAUAUUAAAAGGAACUGAAGGAACUGCAGCAGAUACACUCUGAACUCUUCAACUAUUCACUCUUUACUUCAGCUGCUGUAUCUGCUCUGCUCUCUUUAACCUAAACAUGGACGAUGGCUCAAACAAGUCAAACAUGGGCCACAACUUACGACCUAGGAGAACAAAUAAUGAGGAGCUGAGGAUAGUGAUGGUUGGGAAGACUGGAAUUGGGAAAAGUGCCACUGGAAACACUAUUCUGGGACAGCAGUACUUCAAUUCAGAGUUAUGUGCUAACUCUAUGACUGCAGAAUGUUCUAUGGGCAGAGCACUUGUAGAUGGACAAUGGGUUGCUGUCAUUGACACCCCAGGCCUGUUUGACACCAGGUCUGACCAGGAGGAAACAACUAAACAUAUGAAUCACAGCAUCUCUUUUGCGGCUCCUGGACCCCAUGUCUUCCUGGUUGUCAUCAGGCUGGGCAGAUACACUCAAGAGGAAAAGCAGACUGUGAAAAGGAUUCAGGAAACCUUUGGCCAGGCAGCAGACAGAUACAGCAUGGUACUCUUUACUGGUGGUGACCUUCUUGAAGAUAGCACCUUGGAGGAGUUCUUGGAUGACAGCUCAGACCUUCGAGAACUUGUGGCCAGAUACAAUGACCGGUACCAUGUCUUCAACAAUAAGCUGAAGGAUCACUCUCAGGUCAGCAAGCUGAUCCAGAAGAUCAGAAAUAUAGUCCAGCUCAACAGGGGAAGCCACUACACCAAUGAGAUGUUCCAAGAAGCCAAGAGGACAAUCAAAGCAGAGAAACAACGCAUCCUGAGAGAGGAAGAAAAGCGAAUUCGCGAAAAACAAGAGGAACUGAAGACACUAGGGGAAAAAUAUGAUAAAGAU